AUGGAGGGAGAUUCGCAACUUCCCGAAGACAACCGGACGGCUAGUCCCCGACCAGACGUCUCCGACUCCGACGACGAUCGUCUGUCGGACAGUGCUACCCCAUGUUCCCUGCUGUCUAGUGGCGGUUCUGUGGAAGAUGACCAUCAAGAAACAGAAAUGGACGACGUGUUUUUUUCACAAGUGACGUCAAGUUUUGAGGCCACGCCAUCAUGGGUUUGGGACUCUCCCUUUCCUGCCCCUCCUCAGUCACCCUUCGGUUUUUCUUUAUCUGCUUCUAGACAGACACUUUCUCUGGAAUUACCCCCUAGCCAGCAAAUACCCCUAGAGUUCCUCUCUAGGCGGAUCCUCAGACGCAGGGGCUCUUCAGAAGAAGGGGUUCCUGCAAGUGAGGGACGGAGCCCUCGGAAAUUUAACCGCCGCGUGUUUACAAAUAGCCGCGAGCGGUGGCGGCAACAGAACGUGAACGGCGCAUUCGCCGAUCUGCGAAGACUAUUGCCGACUCAUCCACCUGAUAAAAAGCUUAGUAAAAACGAGAUCCUGCGCCUGGCUACUCGUUACAUUCGGAUCUUGUCGGGAGUUCUCGAAUACCAAAAACAAGAACAAACCGGGACUCGAACGAACCAGAUGGACUCAGCUUUGACCUCAACAAAUAUAGUGGACACAAAGUUCUGCACGAGCACCGACCAGGACUCCCAGUGUGACAGCUAUCUGUCCGUUCGACGAAUAAAGCAAGAGAGAAGAGGCGAAGACAAGACUGGCUUGAGUGUCAGCUCGACUGCAUCCAGUCUCAGUAGCCCACCGUCUAGCAAUGAAGGUUUAGAUGAAAUCAUUGCCUACUGA